CCAGAACUGACAGAAGCUCCAUUGGUUCCGGACAUCAGUGAUCAAGAUGAAGUUCUUCACUUGCAGCAUCAUCAUGUCUGUAUUUCUACAACUCUCCAGACAAAACCCUCUGAGCUUUUGGACUCUGCUCCCCAACAUUCUGGUUGUGGAGGUGGAUGGCUCUCUUGGCCAGCAGCCCCUGAGCUGCCUGGGUACGUCACAGGACGGGUCGAGGAAAGACAACAAGAGUCAGGACAUUAUUUGGAAGAAGAACGGAAUAGUGGAAGAACAGAGAGGAAACUCAUACUUGGUGCAGCUGGAGGAAAGUACAGGAGGGGGAAACUACACCUGCCACCGAGAGGACGGAUCACUGGUUAAUCACACUGUGGUUCUGAUCCAGGAGGAGGAAACCAAGAGGAAGAUUCUUAAAGGGGAUUACAUGAAGUGCUUGGCUCAAAAUUACAACGGAGAGUUUCACUGCUCUUGGACCGUGGACAGCAGUCGUGUCGCCAAAGUAGAAUUUAUCGAAGUUUGGCGCAAUUCUAACGACCGGGACACCCGGUGUUCUUUGGACACCAGCACCCAGCGCUGGACGUGCUCCUCGGGUCAGAGUAACUUCAGCUGCUCAGUCGAUGAACAUGGACACAGUAUCUCCUGCCGGGACGAGCAGCACUGCCCCUACGCUGAGGAGAGCCAGCAGAUCUACGUCGCUGUGUACCUGUGGACCGAGUACUUCCUGGUGGAGAAGUUCUCUAAACUGUUUUACCUGGCAAAGAUAGUGAAACCUGACAGUGUGAGGAUCAGUAAAGUCAACACCACGAUGAUAGAGUGGAGUUACCCGAGCUCCUGGAGCAGUCCCUACUCCUACUUCCCUCUCACGUUCGAGAUAGCACAGCUCAAGCGGGGAUGCAAGCAGUGUGACAACCGUUGCACUGAGUCAGAACAUGAAAAAACACUCCAAUCCACCGACAUUUGCCAAAUUGAAGUCGAGAACUGGGCCAAGUCUGUGUGUGUCCGAGCCAAGGACGCUCUCUGUAACUCCCAGUGGAGCGAAUGGAGCCACCUCAGAUUGAAGAGAAACAAGAACAAGAAACAUCGGCUAAACGGUGAACGAGAUUAUCAGAAGAGCGAGAAUCCAAACACUGGACAUUUUUUGACUUUUUGA